UUUUGCUUGACAUUGGAACGUUCUGAUAGCUUCACAACCUGUGAAGAUAAGCACUUUCAUCUUCUACAAGCAUGAAACUACUCCUGAUUAGCUUUCUGCUCUUAUACAUGUACGGAACAACGGGAGGUACUGAAUGGCAGCCUUGUUACAAAGGCUGUAACAAAGCAUGCAUGAAUAAGGGAUACCUGUGUGGAAGAUGUGAACUCGUGAAGCUAAUUCUCGGCGGCCGUCGUCCUCUCCGGAGAUGCAUGUGUCGCAACGAAAAACGUUAUUGCGCAAUCACAACCACAGUUGCGACAACCCGCGCUACAACAACAAUUGCAGCAACUUGCGAUCGUGGCCCUUGUAGGAGCGACCCAUGUAACAAAUGUUGUAAGGCUGAGGGAUUCUUUUGUGGAGCAUGUUACCGACCAUACCCCUGGCUUAAGAUGAAGAUGCAUUGUAGGUGUAUCUAUGAAGUGGUAAAUUGCUGGCUUGAUGAAGACCUUUAAAAAUCUUCCUUUAAAGUCACAUUCACAUUGAUUGUUCCCAAACAAUGUGAAGUAAAGUUUCAGUUGUC